CCGCAAAUGCAGGUACACCGGAAAUAAUAACUAAACCAACGAAUGAGAAAUGGUGGAAGCUACCAGAACGAAGAGACAUUUUUUCCCGAAUAAACGUGGUGAAAAACGUAAUUACAUAGCUCACUCCCUACCCGGUAUCUAAUUCUACUGUUAUACGACUCUGCAUGCGUUGUUUGUUGGCAACCUUGUUAUUUACGAAGUUUUUGGAACGGAUUCCUGUUGGAACGUUCCACAAAUUAUACCCACCCAAAACAACAUUUACGAGACAGACCGCACCCUGAAGAAGAAGAAUUGGUUUUGCUAUGGACAAACAUUAUAAAUAAACUUCGUGUGACCCUUGCAAUGAGAAGAGCAAAGCAUGUCACGGAAGCUGUUCUAUGCUGUGUGAUUCUACUCGUCAGCCACAGGAGUUCAGAAAGUAUACGGGUGAUUGGAGGAAGCAGGACUGUGGUACAGGGAGAGGACGUGGACUUAUCCUGCAGACUGCUAGAGACAGAUGAGGAGCUUGAACAGAUAACAUGGCAGAAAAGGACUCUGGAAGAACCAGAGAACCAUAAUUUCUUGCUUAUUUAUCCCAGUGGGGUUACUGACUUUAUUUCACCGAAUGGAUUGGAAAAUAGAGUCCAGUUUUUUGGGAACCAGACAGAAAAAAUUGGUUCUAUUCGAAUAACUGCUGCCAGACUGUUGGAUGAAGGCACCUUCACAUGCGUCUUCAGUGUUUUCCCAAGUGGAGUAUACAGUAUAGAGAUACCUCUUACUGUGCUAGUACCUCCAGUGAUGAGUGUUACAGUCGAUGUCCCUCCUGUCAUUGGAGAGAAUGAGGUUGUCUUGGCAUCCUGUUUGGCUGCUGGUGCCAAGCCACAGGCAGAAGUGAGGUGGAACACUGAUGCAUUUGGCAGUUUGGUGAGGACGGUGACCAACUCCACCCAGCACGCCAACGGCACCACCACGGUUGUCAGCGACCUGCUCGGGGUGCCAACCAGAGCAGCCAAUCAGCAGCAGGUUCAGUGUGUGGUCAACCAGUCUGCCCUGGCAACAGAGAGGACCCUGGCCUACACAAUCAACAUCAACUAUCCACCUCAGACAGUGAACAUUACUCUUAGUGAGACCUCCCCAGCCACAGUGUUCCUAUGUGUAGCAGACAGCAACCCAAAAGCCAUCUACACCUGGACCAGAGUGGGCCAGCCAUGGCCUCAGUCUGCAGUGAGAGCAGAGGGAAACACACUGCACCUCAUCAGCCUCAGCUCUGAGCUGAAUGGCCUCUACAGCUGUGAGGCCUCCAAUCCUUACGGAAGAGCGACUGGCUCUCAAUAUGCGCAUGUCGCCUCCUAUACCUCUGCUGCCUGUUGGGUUCUACUUGUCAUUGUAUUUCUGAUUGUUGCUGCUGCUGCUGCUGGACUCGUAUGGUACCGGUGGAAAAAUGGAAAAUGUCUUUGGAGUUCAUUCAUGGGCGAUCACCAGUUCGAGGCACCAUCACAGGUUGAGGAAGAGGAAGCUGAGAUAUAAACCAAGAGGGCAGAUAAGGAAGAAGUAUCAUAAGGCUUCAAGGCAUCUCCAUGUUAGCAUCACCUACUGGUAUGGCUACUGCUCAGCAUACGACCGCAAGGCGCUUCAGAGGGUAGUGCGUACGGACCAAUACAUCACUGGGCCCAAGCUUUCUCCCAUCCAGGACUGAUAUACCAGACGGUGUCAGAGGAAGGCCCUAAAAAUUCUAAGACUCCAUCCAUCCCAGACAUAGUCUGUUCUCUCUGCUACCGCACGGCAAGCUGUACCAGACCACAAGUAUAGGUCCAAAAGACUCCUUAACAGCUUCUAUACAAAUCCAUAAGACUGUUGAACAGUUAAUCAAAUGGCUACCCAGACUAUUUUGUAUUGACCACCCCCUCCUUUUUUUACACUUCAACAAGUUACUGAGUAAAGGGUAUGAAUACUUAUGUAAAUGUGAUAAUUCAGAUUGUUUUUAAUACAUUUGCAAAAAAAUUAUAAACUGUUUUUGCUUUUUCAACAUGGUAUUGUGUGUAAAUUGAUAUAUAUAUAUAUAUGUGUGUGUGUGUGUUUUGUGUGUGUGUAUGUAUAAAAAAAUAUAUAUAUAUUUUUAUGUGUAUAUAUAUAUAUAUGUGUGUGUAAUAUAUAUAUGUGUGUGUGUAAUAUAUAUAUGUGUGUGUGUAUAUAUGUAUAUGUGUGUAUAUAUAUGUGUAUAUAUAUAUAUGUGUGUGGGGGUGGGGGGUGUAUAUAUACAGUGGGGCAAAUAAGUAUUUAGUCAGCCACCAAUUGUGCAAGUUCACUCACUUAAAAAGAUGAGAGAGGCCUGUAAUUUUCAUCAUAGGUACACUUCAACUAUGACAGGCAAAAUGAGAGAAAAAAAACCCAGAAAAUCACAUUUUUAAUUAAUUUAUUUGCAAAUUAUGGUGGAAAAUAAGUAUUUGGUCAAUAAAUAAACAAAAGUUUAUCUCAAUACUUUGUUAUAUACCCUUUGUUGGCAAUGACAGAGGUCAAAUGUUUUCUGUAAGUCUUCACAAGGUUUUCACACACUGUUGCUGGUAUUUUGGCCCAUUCCUCCAUGCAGAUCUCCUCUAGAGCAGUGAUGUUUUAGGGCUGUUGCUGGGCAACACGGACUUUCAACUCCCUGCAAAGAUUUUCUAUGGGGUUGAGAUCUGGAGACUGGCUAGGCCACUCCAGGACCUUGAAAUGCUUCUUACGAAGCCACACCUUCGUUGCCCGGGCAGUGUGUUUGGAAUCAUUGUCAUGCUGAAAGACCCAGGCACGUUCAUCUUCAAUGCCCUUGCUGAUGGAAGGAGGUUUUCACUCAAAAUCUCACGAUACAUGGCCCCAUUCAUUCUUUCCUUUACAUGGAUCAGUCGUCCUUUUCCCUUUGCAGAAAAACAGCCCCAAAGCAUGAUGUUUCCACCCCCAUGCUUCACAGUAGGUAUGGUGUUCUUUGGAUGCAACUCAGCAUUCUUUGUCCUCCAAACACAACGAGUUGAGUUUUUACCAAAAAGUUAUAUUUUGAUUUCAUCUGACCAUAUGACAUUCUCCCAAUCUUACUGAUGGUAGGCUUUGUUACUUUGGUCCCAGCUCUCUGCAGGUCAUUCACUAGGUCCCCCGUGUGGUUCUGGGAUUUUUGCUCAACGUUCUUGUGAUCAUUUUGACCCCAUGGGGUGAGAUCUUGCGUGGAGCCCCAGAUCGAGGGAGAUUAUCAGUGGUCUUGUAUGUCUUCCAUUUCCUAAUAAUUGCUCCCACAGUUGAUUUCUUCAAACCAAGCUGCUUACCUAUUGCAGAUUCAGUCUUCCCAGCCUGGUGCAGGUCUACAAUUUUGUUUCUGGUGUCCUUUGACAGCUCUUUGGUCUUGGCCAUAGUGGAGUUUGGAGUGUGACUGUUUGAGGUUGUGGACAGGUGUCUUUUAUACUAAUAACAAGUUCAAACAGGUGCCAUUAACACAGGUAACGAGUGGAGGACAGAGGAGACUCUUAAAGAAGACGUUACAGGUCUGUGAGAGCCAGAAAUCUUGCUUGUUUGUAGGUGACCAAAUACUUAUUUUCCACCAUAAUUUGCAAAUAAAUUCAUUAAAAAUCCUACAAUGUGAUUUUCUGGAUUUUCUUUCUCAUUCUGUCUGUCAUAGUUGAAGUGUCCCUAUGAUGAAAACUACAGGCCUCUCUCGUCUUUUUAAGUGGGAGAACUUGCACAAUUGGUGGCUGACUAAAUACUUUUUUUGCCCCACUGUAUAUUGACUCUUACAAAGUAACGUGUAUAUUGAACCUGAGACCUGGAGUGAGUUUGCUCUAUACAUGUCAGUGGUCAGUCACUUUUUAUAUAUUCAUCAAUCUCUUGUACUGAUGUAUCAAAGUAACCUGAUAACCAGUAGUUAGCAGUCGGCAGGGCUUAUUGCUUAGUAUUAGUAAAGCUGUUUCAAACGUAAA